AUGUUACCGCAUGGUUUAUUUGCAGUUAAUAAACCCCGAGGGAAAACGUCGGUUGACCUUCUAAACGCGCUCAAGAAAUUGUUACGAAAUGGUUCAAAAAAAAUAAAAUUAGGUCAUGGUGGAACAUUAGAUCCCUUGGCUACAGGUGUAUUGGUCGUCGGAGUUAACGAUGGCUGUAAAGAAUUAUCGAAAUAUAUAAAAUGUGAAAAGAUAUAUUCCGCAGUUGGUUUACUUGGAUAUGGAACAGAUUCAUAUGAUUCAGAAGGACAAGUAAUAGGAAUUGGUCAUACUCAACACAUUACUAAAGAAAUGAUAUUAAAUUUAUUGCCAAAGUAUACAGGAGAAAUUAUGCAAAUUCCACCAUUGUAUUCUGCAUUGAAAAUGGACGGACGACGUCUUUAUGAAUACGCGAGAAAAGGAAUUGAAUUACCCAAAGAUAUAAAAGCACGGACGGCCAAUAUUUAUUCAUUGACAUUAUUAGAUUUCACCUUUGAACAUAAUUUUAAACCACCCGAAAACAAAAUAACAAACAAAAUAACAAACAAAAUAACAAACAAAAUAACAAACGAAACAACAGAUGAAAUAACAGACGAAAUAACGGACAAAAUAACAAAACUAUAUAUUUCAUCUGAAUCAAAGAAUGAAUCAAAUAAUGAAUCAAAGAAUGAAUCAAAUAACGAAUCAAUUAACGAAUCAAAUAGUGAAUCAAAUAAUGAAUCAAAUAAUAAUGAAUUAAAUAAUAAUGAAUUAAAUAAUAAUAAUCCUAUAUUCAAAAUACAUGUAGAAUGUGGAAGUGGAACUUAUAUUCGAACUUUGGUUCAUGACAUUGGGAAAGAUCUCAAUAGUGAAGCUCAUGUAGUAGAAUUGGUAAGAUUACAACAAGGGGAAUUUAAAUUGGGUAUAAAUACUAUUGAAUGGGAAGAUUGUUUAAAUAUAGAAAAUAUAUUUGAUGCAUUAAAAAAAUACAAUCAAAAGACUUUUCCCUUAACAAAUUAA